GGAGGGUACAGGCAGCGCGCAUGCUCAGCAGCUGUACCGAGCAGUCAAUAAAGUUAUAUUUGAAGGACGCCGGGGCGUUUGGGUGGUUGUUGAUCGAGGUUUUGUUGAAGUCAUGGCCGAUUAUAAAGAGGCGCCGCUUGCCUCCCGGCCUCAGACUCUUGAUCCCCGCGAGUACUUAGAGCUGAGCCCCGAGGAGCGCCGGGCCCAGGAGGAAAGACUCGCCAUCCGGGCCCGCCUCAAGCUGCAGUAUCUGAGCCAACUCAAUAACCCGAAUCGGACUGAGCGGAUAGAAGACCCAGCCCUCACCCGUUGGACAUAUGCUCGCAGUCUGAACCACAUCUAUCCCAACUUCCGUCCAAGUCCUAAGACGUCACUGUUAGGAUUUGUCUGUGGAGUAGCGCCUCUAUUUAUAUUGUACUAUGUCUUCAAAACAGAUAGGGACCGCAAAGAAAAACUUAUUAAGGAGGGAAUGGAGCGACCAUUUAAUCUAACAUCGUGAACGCUCAAAGCAGCGACAACAAACAUGAUUAAUAAUUGUACAGUAUAUGAUGCAAAAAUUGUAAAACCUCUUUGUGCUUUAAUAAAUGAUUUAAAUUCUAA